UUUCUCCACAACUCCUACAUCAUCACAUAGCUGAAUACGUUACUCAUAAUGAAUUGCACAAUUUUUACAAUCAUAGAGCCAAACUAUUGUCGAAACAGAUUUAGACCAGCUUUCUAAAAAUGAUCAUGUCAAGAGGAUUACUGACAAGCUGCUGCAAGAAUGGACCAAAGAAGUUGAAAAGAACGAAGCCAAGGCAAAAGCAAAAGGAACAAAACCAAAGAGGCCUAAUCUAUAUCUAGUUCUUUGGCGAUGCUUUGGUUUCUAUUUCAGUUUGUCCAUCUUCACUGGUUUCAUCGAAAGUGCCUGCAAGAUCGGCGAGGCCAUUCUCAUGGGAUUUGUGAUCCGUUUCUUUGAUGACCCAAAUAUGUCGAUGGGUGAAGGAAUGGCCUAUGCUAUUGGUCUAUUCCUUGUUACCCUUUUUCAUGGAACCAUGCAUCAUCAUUACUUCUUUCCAACAAUGCGUACAGGACUCUGGAUUAGACAAAGUUUGAUCUCACUCAUGUAUCGCAAGUGCCUUACCCUCUCUACCUCCAGCUCUAUUGCAACAGGAACUGUCGUCAACUUAAUUUCUAAUGACGUUCAACCUUUUGAAAACGCUACACCAUUUAUGUUGUAUGCUAUCAUUGGCCCAAUUGAGAUGGCAGUUGUCAUGUAUUUCCUCUGGAGAGAAAUCAAUGUUGCCUGUCUAUCAGGAUUACUGGUCUUUGCUAUCUUGGUGCCAAUCCAGACAUACUUCUCACGCCAGUUUGCCCGCAUUCGCAUCAAAACAGUUGAUGCCCGUGAUGACCGUAUCAGGACCCUAUCCGAUGUUUUCCAGGGCAUUGAGCUUGUCAAACUCUGUGCUUGGGAGGUACCCUUUCAGGAAAAAAUUUUGAUGCUUCGAUCGCUGGAGCUUAAAUACAUUUGGAAAGCUAACUUGAUGAGAGCAAGCAAUAUGGCCAUCUACUUCUUCUUUCUACCAUUGACCGCACUCUUUGUCUUUGUCACGUUCUGGCUACAAGGCGAGACUCUGACCCCGGACAAGAUCUUUGUAUCACUCACUCUCUUUAACGUAAUGCGUCUAACUAUGACAGCAUUCUUUCCAAGAGCUCUCGAAACCAUUGCGGAAACUCGUGUAUCUGUUCGUCGCAUUACAGACUUUAUGUUAUUACCAGAACUGCGUGGAAUCGAGAAUGAGUUCCGGACAAAGAAGACGGAGGAAUUGGAUGAUGAUCCAGAAGGGCGUGCUAAUGUGGGUGUGGAGAAGGUUCUUGACCCAUCCGUGUUACUUGAGAUGCGUGACGCGUCUUUCUCAUGGACAGUAAGCACAAAUGAGCAGAACGAAAUUAUUGAUUUGUCUGCUAAAGAAAAUAGUACACAUGGACAUAUUCAUGGAUCGGUGAGAGAGAAGGAUCAGCAAAGUACUGAUAACCAGACUGUUGGUAGCCCUAAAAAAGCCAUCCUCAAUAACAUCACCAUGUCACUGCGCCGUGAUGAGCUUUUAGCUAUCGUUGGCCCAGUUGGGUGUGGCAAGUCCAGUUUCUGCAUGGCUCUGCUGCAGGAAAUGCCCUUGGUCUCUGGAUCAUUUGCACUGGCCAAAAAAGACAAAGAUCGUGUCACAAUGUCUUAUUCUGCGCAGUCACCUUGGAUCUUCGCAGGAACCAUUAAGAGCAACAUUUUGUUCGGUUCGCAGUUUAACCAAGAACGCUAUGACAAGGUCAUUAAAGCUUGUGAAUUGACGCGCGAUCUCUCCUUGUUUCCACAAGGUGAUGAAACUGUUAUUGGCGAGAAGGGCGUGACUCUCAGUGGUGGUCAACGGGCCCGUGUCUCAUUGGCUAGAGCUGCUUACAGAGACUCGGAUGUGUAUAUUCUGGAUGACCCUCUCUCGGCUGUCGAUCCCAAGGUCGGUCGUGCUCUAUUUGAAAACUGCAUCAAUGGACUAUUGAAGGGCAAGGCGCGUGUACUAGUCACUCAUCAAUUGCAGUACAUCAAGGAUUGCGAGAACGUCAUUGUGCUGGAACAAGGACAGGUUACUCAUGCUGGGCGUGUGGAUGCAGUUAUGCAACACGAGGUCGAGGUCGAGAGGGUGAUUAACGACGGUGCUUCUAUCAGGAGCAUUAAGACACGUGCAAAAUUCGUGGAUGUUUUACGUGAGUUUGCCAAGAAGGCACCCGAGGUGACAGAAGACGAAGAUACCAUGCUUAUUCUCAAAGCGGAAGAGGCUGGUGCCGAUCUAGGGGAGGUCCUUAAACGUGUCAAGUCUCGCGCUGAGAGCAAUAAAAUUAUAGAAGAUGAUGUCGAUGCUCCAGAGAAGAAUUUGACAGUUGAGGAAAUUCAAGAAGGCGACACGCCACUCCGCGUUUAUUACGAUUUCUUCCGCCUUGGAUCGACUCCUUUCCGAUUAAUGCUAGCAAUUCUAUCAUUGUCUGCCGCACAGGGCAUUAUGGUUGCUGGAGACUUUUUCCUGUCGAAGUGGUCGUCUCUGCCUCGUGAGGAGCAGACCCGCUCAUAUUAUCCUACAGUUUUUGGAAUUUACUGCCUUGCCACGGUGAUUAUGACUCUUAUUCGCUCAUUCCUAUUCUUUUACUGCGUCUCAGAGAGUUCACGCAACAUUUUCAAGGCUAUGCUCGACGCAUUAUUGAAGGCGAACAUUGAUUUUUUCCAUGCCAAUCCUCAUGGACGUGUCCUUAAUCGAUUCUCUAAGGAUAUGGCCAACUGUGACGAGUUGCUGCCCUACACAUUCUUUGAUGCAACGCAGAUUGUAUUUAUGCUGUUUGGAUCUGUCGUGGUGGUUUGCAUUGUCAAUGCUUGGGUAGUGAUCUCUAUUCCGUUCCUUCUUGGAGGCUUUAUCUUCCUUCGCCAAAUCUACAUCAGGACCAGUCGUCAAGUCAAACGUAUCGACAGUCAAACCCGUUCACCCAUUUACUCCCAGCUCUCAGAGACUUUAGAUGGCCUCACCUCUGUCCGUGCAUUCGGUGUUGGAGAUCGCUUCAUGAACCGCUUUGUGGAAGCUCAGGAGACUAAUGGACGAGCUUUUUUCGCUUACUUAAUCUGUGCUCGUUGGCUCGGAUUCCGUCUGGAUGCGGUCUCUGCACUCUUCUUGGGCAUUACUGCAGUCGCAUGUGUUGCUGUCCGUGAUUCUCAAGAGGCCGCCCUGGUCGGAUUGGCGCUCAAUUAUGUAGUCCAAUUGAGUGGAGAGCUACAGUGGGCUGUGAGACAGAGUGUCGAGGCUGCGAUCUUGAUGGUUUCUGUGGAGCGCAUGAUGGAGUAUGCACAAAUCAAGCCUGAGGAAUCGAGCCGUCGUGCAUUCAAUCCCGAUGGUACCUCAGUUGUCCCCAAUGGCUGGCCAAGCGAGGCUAAGGUCACAUUCACGGAUAUGUCUCUCACGUAUCCACGUGGCGAGGGACCUGUCCUCAAGCAUAUCUCAUUGAACUUCCGCGCCGGAGAACGUAUUGGUAUUGUUGGCCGCACUGGUGCAGGAAAGUCCAGUUUGAUUGGAGCACUCUUUCGACUGGUUGAGACCACAACUGGUAAUCCUCCUCAGCGUGGUGGAAUAACGAUCGAUGGCAUUGAUAUUAGCAAGAUUGGAAUGCACGAUCUGCGAGAGAAGAUGGCGAUCAUUCCUCAAGAACCCUUCUUGUUCCGAGGCUCAUUGCGGUUUAAUCUUGAUCCAUUCUCUCAGCACCAAGAUGCAGACCUCUGGGCAGCAUUAGAAGCGGCAGAGCUGAAACGGACGGUUGAAGGACUUGAAGGGGGGCUGGAUGCUGUUGUGGAUGAUAAUGGCAAGAACUUUAGUAUUGGAGAGCGUCAAUUGCUGUCUUUGGCACGUGCAGUGUUAAGAAGAUCAAAGAUCAUUGUGAUGGAUGAGGCGACCGCCAAUGUGGACUUACAGUCUGAUCGUAUGAUCCAAAAGGCGAUCCAUUCACAGUUCCAAGAUGCAACGGUAUUCACGAUCGCACAUCGUUUAAACACAGUUAUCGGGGACUAUGACAGGAUCCUGGUACUGGACCAAGGCGAGGUGAUGGAGUUUGAUGAGCCAUGGGUGUUAUUGAAUAAGCCUGGUAUGGGAGAGACGAGGCCUGGAGACGGUAGUGAUGAAGCGGUAUCAGGAGGAUGGCUUCGUAGGAUGGUGGCAGAUACUGGUGCGGAAAAUGAAGCAGCGCUGCGCCAAGAGGCAAAAGAGCAAUGGGAGAGGCGACAUGGGAAGAGUACUUAAAAAAAUAUACAUAUAAUUUAAUAAGGAGCGCAGUCCACGUGAUGUGGCUUAUUGAACUAAUUAUUUAGAAGAUACUUUUAGAAGUGAGAGGAAGGAAAAAAAAUCCAAGUCCAUGGAAUUGUGGACUUCAAAAAAUUUCACUCGCGGGUAUAAAUAUCUGCAAUGUCCCCCUUUCUUUCUUCCACUCUUUCUUCCAUAUUCUCUUUCUCUCUCUUCUCUCCUUUCCCUGAUACUUCUCCUACUCCAUACACACGUUUCAUUCCAACGUCACCAAUUAACCUAACACAACAUUAGCAAUUUGUAUACUGCAUUACAUUA